AUGGACAACCCAGGCCCCAGAUCUGGGUCUACCACGCCGCAUUCGGGGUCUGAACAUCGAUUUGAGCGACCCCUACCGCCAAUCCCAACUUCCGAGCCGAUCCCCGUUCUCUGGGAUAAUGACGGAGCUGCGAGUGAGGCCAUGCACCCAAACCCGCCUGGUGAUCAAUUCCGUAUUGAUAUGAGAGAUAUAUACGAUGAGGAUGCUGAAGAAGGACCAGACAUCAAUCUCCAUGGAGUAGAUGGAAACAUUCUCGACAUAUAUAGGUCUAGAAGUAACUCAUCUUUGUCAGUCAUCUCACAUGAGAUGUUGACAAGGGCUCCUUACCUGGAGGGUGUAUCAAAUAGCUCGCCCAGACCUUCUGCUAUUGUCGAUGGCCAUUCUACUCCGCAACGGGGCUCCCCAGCACUUCCACGUUCUCACCAGCGGGAAGGGUCCGGAGUGCCAAGUAAUUCGGCUCCCGUCAGUCUUCGAGAGUUCCUCGGGGAUAGUUCGUCCACAUCUAGAAGUGGCACUUCAAUUCCAGCCAGAUCUGGUGCUAAUGAUAUAACCUCAACUGGAGUCUCCCGUGUUCAAUCCGGAGAAGCUCAAGAGCGUCCGCAAGGGGGGGUAUGGCGAGAAUUGGGACCUGAAAGCACUGCAAGUGUGUCAGUUCGUACUCCAACACGUACACCGACACGUACGCCAAUUCUCAGUACAAGAUCUGGGCCUGAGGAUGACUCCUCGCUGUCGGGGUCAUCAAGAGACACUCUUCUGUUGUCUCACGACUCUCCUAGUCAAGUCAGGCAUCGAUUGCAUCCUCCUUCUCCAGAGUUUGUACUGCCAAGAUGGCAACCAGAUGCGGAAGUUACGUUUUGUCCCAUCUGCAGAACACAAUUCAGCUUCUUUGUCCGCAAGCAUCACUGCAGAAAAUGUGGGCGAGUUGUCUGUAACUCUUGCUCUCCCCAUCGCAUCACAAUUCCAUACCAAUACAUUGUCCAACCACCGCUGGACGGCGGAUCACCAACCUCACCAGAUCCUCAUCCCCCACGUAGGACAGACACCGCGGGCAGCUCAGACGUUGCGAGUCUUGGUGGGGGAGAGCGUGUGCGACUUUGUAACCCCUGCGUGCCAGAUCCAAACACAGCUCCGCCAGCCAACACCCAACGGCCAACCUCAUACCAGGGAAGGCAUUCCAGAUCCGUAAGCACCACAGCAGUACCACAAAACACCUCUGGGGACUACUCGUCAAACCCUGAUGCAGAGUUUGGUCCAAGAUUAGGGAAUAUCCAACGAAGGAUAAGGGACCCGAUUGUUCCCAAUCGCUACUUACAAGCACAGAAUCAGCCGCGUGGGGCACCAUACAACGAGAGAGGGGACCGUCUACUGAGGCCUGACGAGUUCCAAAGCAGAUCAAGAAGUAGUACUGUCGGAAGUUCUCGUGACCAGACGAUGCUAACAUUUGCAUCGAAGGGCGGGUAUCCAAGUUCCAUAGGAACAAACCUUGAAAGAUCACACUCCGUUCGAGGACACCCUCACUACCGGCCAUUCAUCCCCAACACUGCUCAAUCGGAUCUAAGAAUGGAGCGUCAAACUACUCCCGAGCCUCCUCGCCCCAACCCUCCUCGACGCCAGAUCGCUGAAGAGGACGAGUGCUGGGUUUGCCACGAGGAGCUUCCAUCCCGAGAACUUCCUAACUUCCAGGACCUACGUGACGCUCACGUCCAAGCAUGCCUUACUGACCGUAUGGCACGGCUGGGAAUUGCUUCUAGUCCUUCCUCUUCCCCUCCACCAGCUCAGCAGGCUCCAAACCAAACCACAGAUCCCUCGCAAGCAGGUCCAUCAGGCACUUCACCCACUCCAGCUGCAGUCCCCAACACCGCCGAAGGACGAGCCGCCGCCCGCGAACAAGCCCACGCAGAUGUCGUCCUCGGCCAAAAUCGCCCAUCUCCCGGUGGCCACCGUUUCGGAGGCACAAUUUUCCCAUACAAAGCUUCGGAGAAAGAUUGCGUUCAGCAGGCGGAAUGUAGCAUUUGUUUUGAGGAGUAUGAGCCAGGACAGGAUAUGGCACGGCUUCAAUGUUUUUGCCGGUUUCACUUGCAGUGCAUCAGGGGCUGGUAUACUAAGAUGCCAGGAAAGUGCCCAUUACAUGAUCAUGACCGUGGUGAUUAG